UCCAGGCCGCGGUAGCAGCCUGGGGCGGAGGGAGAACACAGGACUGGGGUCGGCCCACGGGAUCCGGCUCUGCGGCCAGCCGCCUGGAGGGUGGGGUGGUCAGCGGGCAGUCGCCUGUCCCCUCUCGGAGAAAAUACACGUCGGAUCUUCGGAGUCGGGGAACGCGGCGGGGGAGGGGCACGGGCAGACCAGCGCCCCCUGGCCGGAGUCCAGGACCUGGUCUGGGGUCAGGGGCGGGGUCCGGGCCGACGCCCUGCCCAGCGGGCGGGCUCAGGCCUCUGCCCCGGACCGCCGCCGCGGGGCCAAUCCGGCCUCUGGGGCGCACCCGGGCUGCCUUUCCGGGCCCGCGGCUUCCUCCAGCCCGCCCCGCCCCUCGGCCUCGCGGGGCCGCCCCCGACCCCCACUCGGGCCCGGCCUCGCGGCGGCGGCGAUUCGACAAGCGCUCCGCCGCGUCCCCGCGUCCCGAGAGCCGGCCGCGGCGCGAUGCUAUCAGUCAUCUUUAUGGAGCACCGCUCUGACCAUAUCCUUUCCCCUGUUCCAGAACCUUCAGCGGCUCCCAGUUGCCUUCAGGAUAAACUUCAGACCUUUCAGCCUGUCUCCACGUCUGGCUCCAGCCUCAGCCCUUACUCUCCCCACCAGCUGCUGUCUGGAGUCAAACUGAGCCAAACUGAUCUGCGCACAUUCUUGCCCCGGGCUGGCCAACCUUGCCUCUACUUGCCAACUUGUCUCAUCUUCCUUGUAUUUUGUAACAACAUCUUAGUUCUGAAAGGGGGCAGCCUUCCAUCACGGAGAGCCCAGCUGUCAGCUGCCUCUCGGGAAGAUGCUGUGUCGCUGGGCCAGUGAGGGUGUGGGCAUGCGUGUGCGUUUGGCCACAGUCCUGGCAGCGCUGUGGUUCUGCAUCACAGGUGCCGUGGAGGUCCAGGUCCCCGAGGACCCCGUGGUGGCCCUGGUGGGCACCGAUGCCACCCUGCGCUGCUCCUUCGCGCCCGAACCCGGCUUCAGCCUGGCGCAGCUCAACCUCAUCUGGCAGCUGACGGACACCAAACAGCUGGUGCACAGCUUCGCCGAGGGCCGGGACCAGGGCAGCGCCUACGCCAACCGCACGGCGCUCUUCCCCGACCUGCUGGCGCAGGGCAACGCGUCCCUGAGGCUGCAGCGCGUGCGCGUGGCUGAUGAGGGCAGCUUCACCUGCUUUGUGAGCAUCCGGGACUUCGGCAGCGCCGCAGUCAGCCUGCAGGUGGCGGCUCCCUACUCGAAGCCCAGCAUGACCCUGGAGCCCAACAAGGACCUGCGGCCUGGGGACACGGUGACCAUCACGUGCGCCAGCUACCGAGGCUAUCCGGAGGCCGAGGUGUUCUGGCAGGACGGGCAGGGCGCACCCUUGACGGGCAACGUGACCACGUCGCAGAUGGCCAACGAGCAGGGCUUGUUCGACGUGCGCAGCGUCCUGAGGGUGGUGCUGGGCGCUAAUGGCACCUACAGCUGCCUGGUGCGCAACCCCGUGCUGCGGCAGGACGCUCAUGGCUCCGUCACCAUCACGCCCCAUAGAAGCCCCACAGGUGCCGUGGAGGUCCAGGUUCCCGAGGACCCCGUGGUGGCCCUGGUGGGCACCGAUGCCACCCUGCGCUGCUCCUUCGCGCCCGAACCCGGCUUCAGCCUGGCGCAGCUCAACCUCAUCUGGCAGCUGACGGACACCAAACAGCUGGUGCACAGCUUCGCCGAGGGCCGGGACCAGGGCAGCGCCUACGCCAACCGCACGGCGCUCUUCCCCGACCUGCUGGCGCAGGGCAACGCGUCCCUGAGGCUGCAGCGCGUGCGCGUGGCUGAUGAGGGCAGCUUCACCUGCUUUGUGAGCAUCCGGGACUUCGGCAGCGCCGCAGUCAGCCUGCAGGUGGCGGCUCCCUACUCGAAGCCCAGCAUGACCCUGGAGCCCAACAAGGACCUGCGGCCUGGGGACACGGUGACCAUCACGUGCGCCAGCUACCGAGGCUAUCCGGAGGCCGAGGUGUUCUGGCAGGACGGGCAGGGCGCACCCUUGACGGGCAACGUGACCACGUCGCAGAUGGCCAACGAGCAGGGCUUGUUCGACGUGCGCAGCGUCCUGAGGGUGGUGCUGGGCGCUAAUGGCACCUACAGCUGCCUGGUGCGCAACCCUGUGCUGCGGCAGGACGCUCAUGGCUCCGUCACCAUCACAGGGCAGCCCAUGACCUUCCCCCCUGAGGCCCUGUGGGUGACCGUGGGGCUGUCUGUCUGUCUUGUUGCACUGCUGGUGGCCCUGGCCUUCGUGUGCUGGAGAAAGAUCAAGCAGAGCUGCGAGGAGGAGAAUGCAGGUGCUGAGGACCAGGAUGGGGAUGGAGAGGGACCCAAGACCGCCCUGCGGCCUCUGAAACACUCUGAAAACAAAGAAGAUGAUGGACAAGAAAUAGCCUGACCACGAAGACCAGGGAGCUGCUGCUCCAGCCUGGGGGCUCCCACCUCUGGCUGCACCGGGGCCUCAGUGUGAGCCCUGCCCCCAACAGAUGGCUCCCACUCUGGCAGGUCUGCCCAUUCUCCAAAGGACAGAGAGACCACCCCGCAGCCUUCUUUCUCCAAUGGACGUGAUUCCCAAGGCAUCUUGCUGCCUUAUUUCUCCAGUGACACGAUACAUAAACCAUCCUGCUGUCUUGUUUCUUAUGGACAUGAUACAGACACCACCCCACCGCCUUAUUUCUCCAGCGGAUAUGCUGCAUGGACCAUCUGGCUGCCUCCUUUUCUUCACAGGACACAAUAUUCAGACGGAUCCUCUGCCUUCUUUCUCCAAAGACAGGAUACGCAGUCACUCCUGGCCUUCUUUCUCCAGUGGCCCUGUUACACUAGUUUUCAUCUCUCAGCCUUUUGUUCCACUCCCCCGCCCCUGCCCCCGUAAGCCUGUCUCCUCAGACGGGGACACUGCAGCUUCAGCAUCUCCUUGAGUUCACAGGCAUCUCCCCGCCUCUGGCCCCAGCGUUGGCCUUUUCCCUCCCUCCCUAAGUGAAGACAGGGCCCUUCCCCCAGGCAUGCAGGGGCACACCGACACCUGUGCUGGGACACAUAGGGACCUCCCUUUGCCCAGUCUCUCCCGUGGUGCCCUGGGCUGUGCCCUGGGGCUGCCUCCCCAUGGGAAGCAUGUGCUGGUCACACUGGGUCUCUGGGGGUCUGCAUGGGCCCCCUGGAGGUCGGCCUCUAGCCCUCUGCUUUUCCCUCCUAUCCUUUUGUUCAUCCAUUGUAGUCAUGUUCGUUGAGCAUCCGUGGGGUGUUAGCACUGCCUUAGGUACCUGGGACCCAGUGUGAGAAGACAGGCCCCUCCUUUAAGGAGCUUGUCCUUCACCUGGGGAACCGCGAGGAGACAGACAACUGCCUGCCACGGCCUGCGCCUUGUGAGAGGGCUCCUGCCCUUCUCCCUACAGUACCCCUCUAAUGUGCCCGCAGCGUCCUGGAUACCUCAUGCCCAGGCCGUCCCUAAUCCCUUCCCAGAGCAGGGGGUGUGGGCAGAAACCUGGAGACAGGGGCAGAGCCUCUUGCUACAGUCGGAGAAUCUGAUGGUUUCCAAAGUCUUUCAAGGUGUGAGCAGGUGAGCAGGUGGGCAGGCGGCCACGGCAACCCGGACCCUGGAGAGCAGAAGUGUAGGGGAAGCCUGGGGACGGGGCAGGGCCAGGAGGGCACAGGGACACAGCCCUUCACCCCCCACCAUGGUGCUAUUCUGGAGCCGGGAGGACACCUCCUGGCUUGUCUCUCGCCAGCCCCCGGCCUCCGGAAAGCUUCUGAUGUCCUUCUGCUGACAUUUCCUCCUUCCCCAGGGAACGGAAGAGGUGGCAUGCCUAAUUUAAAUGUGGGACUCUGAGGAAUUUUGUUAACUGGGGGUGUAUUUUGGGAAAAAUAAAUGGCUUUGUAGAAAGCUUUUUCUCCGAGAAGUGUGUGGAAGCAGGUUGGGCAGCAGGACUUGGCAGGAGGGAUCCCCUCCUGGACAUUUGAGGCCAGAGCAGGGAUGCCUGUGUCUCCUCCCUCAGUCGCUGGGUCUCUGUGGCCAUGCAGCCCCUCCCUGGCCGCAGUUUCCCCCUUGGGAAAGUGAAAUUGGCUGUCCAGGAAGGCUUGGUUCCUCCCAUUCCUGGAAGCACCACCUAAUUUCUUGAUCUUGGGAGGCUCAGAUCCUGGGCUUGCUUAGGGCCACUUCUAGCACCCCAUUUUACAGAUGGGGAAGCUGAGCCCUAGUAGGAAGCUGAUACCAGGGAAGGAGCUCUGCAUGCUGGUGUUGGCUGGCCCCCUGGAACGGGCACCGAUCUUGAAUCAGAGAUCCAGGUCCGGGACCUCAUUCUGCCCUGUGACCCUGAGCAGGGCAUCUAGCUUCUCUGGGCUUUACUUUUCUUAUAUAAGAAACAGACCUGAGGUUUUCACCAUCCUCCACCUCCAAAGACUGAGAAGAGGGGUGAAUGUGGCAGAUAAACAGGUUUCCAGGGGGCUGGGUUCAGGGAUGGGGAAGCCUGCAGAGCAUACUGUGCCCAUUUGCCCCUGGGUGACAAGGCCCUGGGGCAGCAGGACAGUGAUGGGGGAGGUGGUGGUCAGGACACUUGACUUUUGUUCCCAGCUCCACUACUAACUUGUGACAGAGUCCUUCAUACCUCUGACCCUUGAUUUCCUUGUCCAUUAAGUAGGGCACCGAGUCCUCCCCUGAAAUGUAUGCAGCAUUCUUUACAAACCAGAGUGCCUAUUAUAAAAGCCCAUGGCCCCCGCAGUGAGACUGGUCACCUUGCUUGAAGUCCCACUACGGGUGCCCUGGCUGGAUUUUAGAAUCAAAAGACUUGUGUCGGGGCUCUGCCUUUGCCCUGUACUCUGCCCCCCCUCCGCACCCUUGAGCAUGUUGCUCACCCCACUGGGCUAAACUCUCCCUGCCAGGUGGGGACGACGGUGGUUCAUGUUUCAUGGGAUCUCUCUGAAGGUUGGACAAGACAGUGGGUAAGAAGAUCCUGCAAACUAUAAAGUGCUGGGUGCGUGUGGGGGGUAUUUUUCUUCCCUGCCGUCUGGGCUGCACUCUCUUACUCCCUAGGUGACUUUGUAGAUGGAGCGCAGUGACCUCAGUUUGCCUAUCUCUAAAAGAGGCAUGGGAACCAGUGCUUGUUCUUCCUGAUGGGGCCAGGAUAAGCCUCAGACACUGGAUCCGAUGCUCGCAGGAGGGACCCGGCAAGUGGGGGGUACUUUCCUGGGGGCUGAGGGCUAAGGAAGGUGGCCACUAAGUCCCCUGUGAUAAGUGCUCCAGAGAGCAGUAUUUUUAGCUGCCUUUCCUGGGCAAAGCUCCAACUUCUGCAUUUUAAUGGAGAAAUAAUUCUCACAGUGCGACAAGCUGUAGCCUGCAGGUGUCACAUCCACAUUAAAGAGGGGACAGAGCAAGGGUUCAUUUGCCCUGGCUGGCUUGAGGUGUGACCGGAAUUCACCUCCAGGAGCACUUGUAACCAGGGCUGUGAAGACCAAUUAGUGGAUCUGAUUGCUCAGAGGGAAGAGCCUGGGAGGGGGGUGAAGACGGCAGGGCUGGGGCCCUGAGCCAUCCCGAUUGUCGACUUUCAGAGCACUCUGCCUCUGCUCAGUACGGGCAGGAAUUGUGCCUUCCCCAGGUCGGUUGCCAGGGGCUUCUGUAAAGCCCAAGUCUUAAACUGAAAUGUGAAGCCAAGGUUUGCACCAAGUAUCAAAAUCCUGGGCCUCCAAGGGCAGGGCACUCCCAGAGAAGCAGGAGCGGAGGACUGCGUGCAGUAAUGCGCGGGAACACUGCAAAUGCAGACAGUAUUGUGUUAAACUAACAAGCAAACACAAUCAAAACACCACAGGCCCAAAAUGGCAUCGCUUAGGCCAAGUCCCUACACUGGGGCUUAAUAUAUAGUCUAAUUGCACUUUUGACGUCCCCCAGAAAUAUCGUCUUAUAGGAAUUUUCUUAGUAGGGUCGCCAAUGAAUCUGCCAUGUGGGCCUUCUCCAUCCCCCAAAGGAAGAUGAGGUAAUCUGCAUAAGACCCCUGGCUUUUCCUGUUGCUUUUCCCUGCCCAGGGAAAGUGGCCUUGCCUGGAACAAUCCUUUUGCAAAAACUUUCUUGCCCCACCCUCCUAUAAGAACUUUCCAUUUUGUACAACUCCUGGGAGCUUCCCUCUACUGGCUUGGUGGCCUGAAUCAUUUAAUAAAGCCAAUUAGAUCUUCA